AGUGGGAGGGACUGGGGACUGGCGUCACGUCCGCGCGAGAGCGAUACGCAGGAAAGGCUACGCGCAGUGUGAGCGUGAGAGGAUGGAGGCCGCAGAGCAGCAGCGGAGCUCGAGUGACGGCGCGCCCGCCAGAGGAGCGGGAGUCCCGGGCAGUGGGGGCGGAGCAGGUCCGGGAGGUGGCGCGGAAGGCGAGCGGGAUAGAGAUCGAGCUACUUUUGAGUGCAACAUCUGCCUGGACACCGCCCGGGACGCGGUCAUCAGCCUCUGUGGACAUCUGUUCUGUUGGCCGUGUCUUCAUCAGUGGCUGGAGACGCGUCCCAGCAGACAGCAGUGUCCCGUGUGUAAAGCAGGAAUCAGUCGAGAUAAAGUCAUCCCCCUGUACGGCCGGGGCAGCACCAGUCAGGAAGACCCCAGAUUGAAAACACCACCACGACCUCAGGGUCAAAGGACAGAACCAGAGAGCAGAGGACCAUUUCAGGGGUUUGGUGACGCAGGGUUUCACAUGUCUUUUGGAGUCGGGGCUUUUCCGUUUGGUUUUUUCACCACAGUCUUUAACACCAAUGACAACUUCCACAGACGAGAUCCUCAUUACGGAGGCGAUCAUCAAGCCGACGGUAACGGCAACAACUGGCAGGACUCGCUCUUCCUCUUCCUGGCCGUCAUCUUCUUCUUCUGGCUGCUGAGCGUCUGAUGCCUUCUCGCUUCAGCCCGUCUGCGCUGGAAGCGACAGAAACACGUGCUUUCAGAAGAUCAGCUGUCUGUGUCUCACUCUCACACACACACACACACACACACACAUCAGUGUUGAGAGACAGUAUUAAUAAAACACUACAGGAGCUGACGAAGCAGCUCACAAAACAGCAUAAUUCACCCCAAAAUCAAUACAAUUACAUUGUGCAUAUAGAAAAUUAUGAUUAAACACAUUUAAUUCCCAAAUUCUUAUCACUUUAAUGUCUUAAGUAGUUAAUUGUCAUGAAAAGAAUGUCUUAGUGCAUUUUAUUAGUUACAUAAAAAAUAGCUAUAGAAACAAGAAAUGCAAACCAGAAAUUAUUUUCCCGACAGUUGACAACAUUUAUUGUCUAAAUUCUUAUUUCUGUAAGUUGAGAUGUUCUAGUCUCUUUUAUUACUCUAAUAAUAUAUACUUCUUUUUUGCUGUUAUAGUAAAAAUAAUUGAGUGGGGGCAAAUGUUUCAUUAAGUAAGUAAAUAUCAGAAUGGAUAAAAUCGUAAAAGUUAAAAAGUAUUUCCUUUCUUGUGAUUUUUGGGAUGAAAUAUUACCCAGAUAUUUUGCCGCAGGUUUUGUGAGAUUCACCAUAUUUGUUCACAACUUUCUGUAGCAUUUCAUUGUCAUGCCAAAGAAUUUGUGUAAUGAAAUGAUAUACAUCAUGAAUCAAUGUUGCGCUAAGGGCUUUUCGACUUUGAACCCCGGCUUGUGGACCGAUCCUUUCCCCCUCUUUCUCUCUCACUUCACUUUCUGUUUGCUCUACACGUUCCUAUCGAAAGACAAGACGCAGAAAAAUGAUGACUGAUGUCAUGUAUGUAGGGUUUAUUUCAGUACACGUGAAAGCGUUUGGGGACGUGUCACUUAUUGAGAUCCUUAAAUCUGACCGAUGAACAAAAACUAGUCCCUAUCAUACUUCUGUUAUAAAAGGGUGAAUCUCGUGAGGCCUUUAUGACCUGGACAUUUCCUAAUUUCAUCCCAAAACCAAAAGAAAAAAAAUGUAUAUUGUGCAGAAAGACAUAAAACAAAAGGAUCUUUUUUGAUUUUUAAGCCCAAUUUCAACUAAGCACAUUGAUGCAAAAAUGAUCACAUAUAUAUACAGGUAUAUGCAAAAAAUAUUGCUAAGAUUUGAAAACCUCAUAAUUAUAAUGCAUAUGUAUAUAUCUCAUUGCUAUGAUGCCAAAAUGUGAAUCUGCGUGUGUGUGUGUGUGUGUGUGUAUAUUUACAUCAUAGCAAUGAUGUUUAAUUGUUAUUAAAAUAAUUGUUUUAAAAAGGUUUGAAAAUGGGCUUACAUUCAUUCAUAUAUAAUGUUUGUGUGUACAAAUGUUGUUGUUUUAUAUAUAUAUAUAUAUAUAUAUAUAUAUAUAUAUAUAUAUAUAUAUAUAUAUAUAUAAAAUAACAAAUGUCACAUUCAGAAAUUUCAGAAAUAUUACAGAAAUAAGAAUUUAAGAUUUUAAUGUUAAUUGUCCUAAAAAUUUCUUGAUACAUUUUUUUUCUUUUUGGUUUAGAGUGAAAUAUUAGCUGAAUAUGCUUUUGUGACAUCCACCCUUUAUUUUCAAUGUGAGAUUUAAUUUAAAUAAAUGUCCCAGAGAUGCACACUAGUCAUAAGCUAAAGGUGAUCAGACGCUGACGUUCAGACCAGGAUGAGCUUCAGGUGUGUUCAGGAAGUGUUUCCACAACAGAUUUAUCUGCUGUGUGUUUGUUGUGUAAAGCAUACGUCACAACUGUUAUUAAUCAGCCGAUUCGGAGUUCACACACGAGUGAAGAUUCAUUCAAAAUUCAUUAUGCAUUCAGUAAAUAUACUAUUUUCAUGUCUGAAAGAUUAUAGAUAAGAACAAUUUUACAAAAAGUGAGUUUAAUUUUCAUACACCCUUCGAAGUCCUCAGAGUCGUGAGUGUCGGGAGUGUGAGCUGCUGGUGUGUAUGUGGGUGUGUAUAUAUAUGUGUGUAUAUGGAUAUUGUACAUGAUGUUUUUAAGCGUCUCUCUGUCAUUGGCUGUGACGUUUGAUUGACAGCUGGGAGGUGAUGGUUUGUAAUCCCGUCAGUUUUAACUCUUUGUCAAUGUAACAAACUUCCUGUGAACAAGAACAUUUCUGUUGACUUCCUCUCUCUGCAAAGUGAUUGGCCGGCUUUGGACCACGCCCACUUGUUUCAUGUCACAGCGCUGGUUGUAUUGAUUGAUAUCUGCUGGGCAUAAAGUGGGCGGGUUUAUGAUUUUGGGUGACUUUAGUUGAAAUUGCUCGUUUGUCUUUUUCCUUUUUGCAUUAUGCCGGUUAAUUAUGUUUGUAACAAGUCUUUUUUGUCAUAAAAAGUUUUUUGGUAGUUAAAUUGCAUAUAAUUAUUGUGCAUAUGGGGCGGAAACUAAAGUGGGUGUGGCCUGUUCUAUGGCACUUGAGAAAUAAACAUUUAAUACAGUCA